AUAGUUUGUUGACAGGAGUCGCUCCAGCAGAAGAACAUGAGGCUGAGGCGGUUUCUUCUUAGAUAUUAUCCACCAGGUAUAAUCCUGGAGUAUGAGAAAGGAGGCUAUUUGAGGACCAAAUCAAUCGACCUUUUGGAUUUGACUCCAGAAACAAACCCAGAUGACUUAGUGUCAGAAAUUCGUCAGGCGGAGCCCCUGAUCACMGAGUCCCGGUCUGAACAAGUCAAAGAACUGGUCCUUCGCCUCCAAGAGAAACAGGGUCAGCAGGACCAYCAUCGGUUCUGCUUCUGCAAGGAGCUGAAGGCACACAUUCUGCCACUGACAAAUGUUGCCUUUAACAAAUCUGGAUCAAAAUUCAUCACUGGGAGUUAUGACAGGACAUGUAGAGUUUGGGACACCGCCUCCAGCACAGAACUGUGCACCUUAGAGGGCCACAGAAAUGUUGUAUAUGCAAUUGCAUUCAACAACCCUUACGGGGACAAGAUUGCCACGGGGUCUUUUGAUAAGACGUGUAGACUGUGGUGUGCAGAGACUGGCAAAUGUUUUCAUACAUAUCAGGGACACAUGUCAGAAAUAGUGUGCCUGGCGUUCAACCCCCAGAGUACGCUGGUGGCCACAGGCAGUAUGGACACCACGGCCAAACUGUGGGAUGUGGAGAGUGGGCAGGAAGUGGCCACCUUGACUGGUCACACAGCAGAGGUGCUGUCGUURUGUUUUAACACGACUGGCGAUCAACUCGUCACUGGUUCCUUUGAUCACACGGUUGCUAUAUGGGACGUUGCUUCCAAAAGUCGUGUGCACACKCUACUUGGUCACUUGGGAGAAAUAAGUAACGUUCAGUUUAACUGGGAUUGCUCCCUGAUAGUUUCAGGCUCCAUGGACAACACCUGUAAGUUGUGGGAGGCUGUGAGUGGGAAGUGUGUAGCCACCCUGGUUGGGCACACAGAGGAGGUGUUGGACGUGUGUUUUGAUUUAAGUGGUCAGCUCAUUGCUACUGCUUCUGCUGAUGGGACAGCUCGGGUUUUCAGCGCCACCACACAUCAAUGUCUCGUCACGCUGAAGGGUCAUGAUGGAGAAAUUUCUAAGAUCUGCUUCAGCCCCCAGGGCAGCAGGGUCCUGACUGCUAGUUCAGACAAAACGGCGCGUGUGUGGGAUAUUCAGUCUGGAGCCUGUCUUCAAGUCCUGGAGGGUCACACCGACGAGGUCUUCUCCUGUGUCUUCAACUACGAGGGUGACACCAUUAUUACAGGCAGCAAAGACAACACGUGUCGGAUCUGGUACUGACCCUUACCUUGACCCUUACGUGUCUCAGGCGCAUAGAGACAUGGAGAGAACAAUCAGCUGUGGAUGACCAUCUUGAAAAAAACAUGUCACACUGAAUAAAAUAACUUCUUUUCAGAAUAUUUUAUUGUGGUAAAUCAAGGGUAUGAAUGGUGAGCUCACAGAUGUGCAAAUGAGCACCAUGACCUUGUAGAAAACAGUUCACUGUUAAAGUAUGAUCAAAUGAAUUUGUACUAUAAAACUUAAGUUAACUUUUAGGCCAGUUUGCAACACACUUUAAUUGUCAAUUGUAUAGUUUUUCAACAACUAAAGUUGCAUACCAAUUUGUAUUCUGAAUGAAUUAGGGAAAAAAAAGUAAUGCUCUUACAGUUUUAAGAUUAUACACAUUGGGACACAAUAACAAAGAAACAAAAAAAUCCUAAGCUGUGAUCUUAGAAAAGUAAUUUCUGCUGCCUGUCAGUUUGGGGCGGCUUAAAAAGCCAUUUUCAAACAAUUCAAAGUUCCUUGUUCUGCAGGGAGAGAAAAAAAUAGAGGAAAACAUUCAAGAUUUCCUAAGUCACCUGAAGGUCAGACUGUCUGAGGCUCAGAAAAUUUGGGCCAAAUGAGCAACAUUUCCAACUGUGAAGUGUGCAGCAUGCUAAAUGUUAAAGUUCAUGACAUUACAAAAAAAAAAGGACUGAAAAUAUACAUCCUGUUUGGAAGAACUGCAAGAAAAAGUCUCCUUUCUAAAAAUUACAUGGCGUCAUGUUUGUGGAAUUGAUUCUGAACAAACCACAGAAUUUCUGAAAAUAUGUCCUUUGGACAAACAAAACCAAGUUGGAAGUGUUUGGUGACAAUGCAAACUAUUUUCACAAAAACAAACAAAUCCAGCCGAUUAUAUGUAGAAAAGGCUGUAGAGAGACGAUGACUUCAAUUUGUUUUGCAGCUGCGCGACUUUAAUGCAUCAUCAUUAUGGCCACCACAAACUCCUCUGCAUAUGAAAGAAUUAUAGAGACAAAUGUGAGUUGAUCUAAAACAUGGAAGUAUUUAAAGGGGCAAUAUCAUGUAAAAUCAAUUUUUUGAGUUUUAUAUCAUGUUAUAAUGUUAUACUCUCAUAA